AUGGACUCCAUCCGGGUCUAUUAUUCCAGCGUUACAGGGUCUAGACAGGUGAGACGGCAGCAGUCGGAAGUCCUUCGCGUCUUGGAUGGAAGACACAUGACGUACCAGUUAGUGGAUGUGUCCCUGAAUGAAGGUUUGCUCCAGGAGAUGAGAAGCAAGGCUGGCAAACCAGAUGCAAUCCCUCCUCAGAUAUUUAAUGGAGAGGACUACUGCGGGGACUUUGAGAUGCUCUUUGAAGCCAUUGAGAAUGAAGAAGUCCCAAAGUUCCUGAAAAUUGCAACAAGAGACCACGCAGCAAGGAAUACAAUCUGACAAUCCAAUUUCAAAUGAUACUAAAUUAUUGACGUUUUCCUGACUUGGAUAAAACUUAUCAGUUAUGUACAUG